UGUCGUACCACGUGGGACGGUUGGGGCAACGCCUGGGAACAGUCAUGUUUGUUGAUUAAGCCAAUCUGAGCGUGAGAGCAUAUCCGCAAUCGCUCUUGUCAAACCGCGGGUACGGGUUGUGUGUUGUGUGUCUGCUUGGUUCGCUGCUGUGUUGUUGGAACCAUCUUCGCACAGAACAAGUAGGUUUUUGUGUGUUGUGUUCGUUCCUGUCCCUUUGGAAAGUAUUCGAUUGUGCUGUGCUACUCUACAAUGGAUAUACAAAGCUGUAAAAAUGGUUAGGCCUAGCAUUUUUUAGAAUAUUUCUGUGCUUUUUUUCAACUCCUGUGGCACCAGUUUUCAAAACGCUUGGAAUUUUAACCGCCGGAUAUUGUGUUGGAUCUGUUAAUUUGUUUACCUCCCACCAAAUGGCGCUGUUGUUGCCAUAAUCAACUAAACAAAGGAGCUAGGCCUAGUGUAUUAUUAUUGUAUUUACGUGGUUUGAAGACAAUUUAUGACAUAGAUCAUGUAUCCGGCCCGCCAUCCUGGCCCACCUCCUCAGGGUGGCCAGCCAUUUAAAUUUACUGUAGCUGAAUCUUGUGAUAGAAUAAAACAGGAGUUUGACUUCCUACAAACACAAUAUCAUAGUUUAAAAUUAGAGUGUGAAAAAUUAGCAACUGAAAAAACAGAGAUGCAAAGGCAUUAUGUAAUGUAUUACGAAAUGUCUUAUGGUCUCAAUGUAGAAAUGCACAAACAAACAGAGAUUGCCAAAAGGUUAAAUGCCAUCAUAGCACAAAUUUUACCGUUCCUAUCUCAAGAGCACCAGCAGCAGGUGGCAGCUGCUGUUGAAAGGGCAAAACAAGUCACAAUGACAGAGCUAAAUUCAAUAAUUGGGCAACAGAUGCAUGCCCAACAGUUGCCUCCACACGCGCAUGCACCGCCCUUGCCUAUGAUGCCUCAUGCGGCAGCCAUGGCGGGGCUCCAACCUCCUACACUUCCUCCAAGUAGUGCUGCUGGUCUGUUAGCACUUUCGAGUUCCUUAGCGGGCGCUGGCCCUGCUGCCCACCUAUCGGCUGCUGUUUCAUCGGCUGCCGCUCUUAAAGACCACAGAGAUGAGAAGAGAUCUAGCUCCGCUCAUAGUUCUGAAGACAGACACGAUAUGGCCUCUGCGCUGCUGAACAUUAGAGCUAAAGCCCUAUUGGCGGCAGAGAGGAAUUCUAUUUCACCAAAUGAUAGAGAAAAAUUUCGAUCCCGGUCCCCUGAUGUAGAUCAUGAUAUGAAGAAAAGAAAAAAGGAAGAAAAACUGAUGGACAGUGAUGGGGAAAAAAGUGAUCAAGAGUUAGUUGUAGAUGUUGCAAAUGAGGACUCUGUAGGGCCUCCCAAUGGAGCUCCAAGUCCUCGAGAAAAUGGAACAGAUAAAGUUGUUAAGAAAGAACAUGGAUCCCACAGUCCUCAUAGUAGUAUUUCCUCAAAUGCCAGCACACCUUCAUCUAAACAUAAAGAUAAUGAAAAAUCCACCACUCCUGUUCCAAAAUCUGUUACUCCUACGAGUUCUGGUGGCAGUACUCCCGGUUCAAGUGGAAUGAAACCUCUUCCUAAACCUCCUCCUAUGGACCUUUUUGCAGGACCAGCAUAUCCUUAUCCUAUGCACGGGCCUGCGGGUGCUCAUCCGGGUCUUCCAGCUGAUUUGAGUUCUAGUGCAGCUUUUUCUCAAGGAGUCCUGCACGGCAAUAUAUCACCUGCUCUUAAUAACUAUUCACGCUCUUUGGUUGGAUAUGAUCCUCAUCAAAUGCGCGCUCCAUUUGGUGCAGUUUCAGGUGGAAAACCUGCCUAUUCCUUCCAUGUGAGUGCAGAUGGCCAAAUGCAACCAGUUCCUUUCCCUCCUGAUGCUCUUGUAGGUUCUGGAAUCCCCAGGCAUGCAAGACAAAUCAAUACCCUUAGUCAUGGAGAAGUUGUUUGUGCUGUAACAAUUUCCAAUCCUACCAAAUAUGUCUAUACUGGCGGAAAGGGCUGUGUUAAAGUGUGGGACAUCAGUGUACCUUCAAACAAGAGUCCCGUUUCACAAUUAGAUUGUUUGCAAAGAGACAACUACAUUAGGUCUUGUAAGCUAUUACCUGAUGGUCGAACGCUAAUAGUUGGAGGUGAAGCAAGUACAAUUUCAAUCUGGGAUUUAGCAGCUCCUACACCAAGGAUCAAAGCUGAACUUACUUCGAAUGCUCCAGCCUGUUACGCCCUGGCCAUUAGUCCUGAUUCUAAGGUUUGUUUCAGUUGUUGCAGUGAUGGAAAUAUAGCUGUUUGGGAUUUACAUAAUCAAACUCUAGUCAGGCAGUUUCAGGGCCAUACUGAUGGGGCAAGUUGUAUUGAUAUCUCUAGUGAUGGAACUAAAUUAUGGACUGGUGGAUUAGAUAAUACAGUUCGAUCAUGGGAUCUUAGAGAGGGAAGGCAGUUGCAACAACAUGAUUUUAGUUCUCAAAUAUUCUCUUUGGGAUAUUGUCCUACUGGUGAAUGGUUAGCUGUUGGAAUGGAGAGUAGUAAUGUUGAAGUGCUGCACUGUACUAAAACUGAUAAGUAUCAACUUCACCUCCACGAGAGUUGCGUACUGUCGUUGAAGUUUGCAUACUGUGGUAAAUGGUUUGUGUCUACAGGGAAAGAUAACCUAUUAAAUGCAUGGCGUACACCAUAUGGUGCCAGUAUUUUUCAGUCCAAAGAAUCCUCAUCAGUGUUAAGCUGCGAUAUAUCUUCAGACGAUAAGUAUAUAGUGACUGGUUCAGGUGACAAAAAAGCAACAGUUUAUGAAGUGAUUUACUAAUACACUAGACAGUGACCUCUUUUACAUUCCUACCGACCAUAGUACUAUGCAGGUAGCCAAAAUAGUAAUUACUAUCUGCAUAAUUAACUUUGGAAAUAAACAAAAAAAAACAUGUUCCAAGAACAUGUUUUUCAAAGAACGUGUUCCAAGUCGCCCAGAUGAAAGUAUUUUGAUUGUUUGUACAGUUGUUUUAAGUGACUCGUCAUUAACUAUAACUGCAAUUGUGGUUGUUGAUUUUCUGCAAGCACAAAUCUUCAAGUCAUUGUCAUGAAUAGGUCUCUGUGUAAACAAUUAUGGUGUUUCGGAGUGAAGUUGAGUUGUUUGUAAAAAAAUGGACUGGAAUGAGUGGAUUGUUGAUUUAUUGUACAGCAGGAAAUGUGUGCAUUGGAGUUAGCCAAGAUUUUUUAUAGGUUUAGCUAUACACAGUGGUCCAGUUCUUAAGUGAUUUAUUUUUUCAUGCAUCUUACAUUAUAAUCAAAUAAAAAGAAACUAAGACAUGUUUUAAGAGGUGUAACGAAAUUUUACUGAAAUCCUCUCUGAUUCGUUUGUCUUUCAAGCAAACAAGACCAAAACUUCUACUUCUAUUGUUAUUCAGAAUACUUCAUUUGUAGGCUGCACUCAGGUGUUCAUCUGUGCGUUCAUGAGGAGUUGAUGGAUUGUUCAAAAAAUGCAGUAACUGUUCAAAAUUGAUUCUGGUGAAUUAUUUGACUCUGUUGUUAUAAUUUUUUUUCUCUGAACAUAAUUUUUUAAAUGUCUUAUUGCAAAAUUUACUUGAUUCCUCGUGAUAGUUUGAAAUUUAAUUUAUACCGAAGCUGUAGAGUCAGCUGUUGAAAUGUCCUGUCUGUUUCUGAAGUUCUGAAACUCCAAUUUAAAAACUCUAUUGAAAUAUUCGCUAAAGUCUUGGAAAGCAUUUUUAACUAAAUUUUAAAUAUUUUAUUAUGGAUAUAUUGAAUUAUGAAUAUGUUGAAUUAUGAAUAUUUUACUAUAUAUAUGAUACAUAAUUUAUAAAUAUUGAGCAAUAGUUCACGUAAUUGUAAAUGAACUAAUUAUUACUCUAUAGGUCUUUAUUUUUAGCUUGUUGGAACUGAACAAAUCUUUUAACUUAAUAUAGUCUUCAACACUUACUCUACAGCUUUGAUUCAUGCAUGUUUCAUUGUUAGAAUUUUGUAUCUAAAUUAUGUUUUGCAAGCUUAAGAUGUUAGAGUUUGAUAAAAGUUUGUAAUUAUACAUAGAGCUUGUAAUGCAAUUAAUGAAAACAAACAAUUUGUAAAUGAAAUUAUUUGACUUUAAAUUUAAUUAAAAAAAUCUAAAUAUAUAUUUGGUUAUAUAUUGGUAUACUAAAAGGUUAAACCUGCUCCCAGUGUGUUGGCAAGAUUUUAUAAUUUCACAAAAUAUGUUUCACAUCUCUGAUUUUCUCAACUUUAUAUUAAAUUAUUUAUACCUUAUGCAGUUAGUAUAAAGUUAGUUAUAAAAUAUAUAAAUUUAUCAUGCAAAUAAAAGACUAGAAUUAAAUAUGUUAUAUGCCAUUUUAAUUGAAAUAUUAAUGAUUUUAAAAUAAUAUUUUAAUAAAAGAAGUUUUAUUCUGAAAUGGUUUAUGUUAACAUUCUAUAAGGAUAAACAACACUUUUAAAUAUGUUUUUUUAACAAAAAAACAAAAAAUCUUAAGUUUAUGACUUUAACUGAAAUUUGGCCCAAGUCAUUUUAAGAUUUUUUUAAUUUUUUUUAAAAAUUACUAUCGUUAAUUUUUAACACUAUUAACCCUCUAAAUAAUACAAGUCAUGGCAAAAUAUUAAGGAAUUAAUUAAUGACAUAUUUUUGUGAAGUUCGUUAGCAUAUUUUGUACUUAAACAUUUUGAAGGGAGAUUAUUAUUAUUUCUUUGUUAACUUAAUUAUCACAUGAUAUUAUUCGUUUCUUACCAAUUGAAAGCUUACAAAUAUUUUGCCAAACUUAAGAGAUGUUUUUAACCUUUUAGUCUAAUGCAUUGACAGUAAUCUUAAUAAUGUUUACACACAUUUCAUUUUCUAGAUCAACAUUCCAUGCUUUAUAGCCAUAUUUUUAUAUUGAACAGCAUUUUAAUUAAUGUGACGUGUCCUUUUUUUCAUUUAUAAUUUUAUUGAACAAUUUACUUGAAUAAAAUUGUUAUUGAUUUUGUUCCAAAAUAAAAUAGGGCAAAUUAAAUUUUGUGGAGUUUUUAUUAUUUUGUUUAAAUGGGGCACAUUACUAGAAGUGCCCUUUUUUAAAUGCUUGAAUAAUCCUAAUAAAAGAAGUGGUGUUACAAUUUUUAAUUUUUAGCCAGUUUCUGCCAUAAACUUAUGUUACAAAAUUUUUUAAAUAAAUAAAAAAGGAUUUUAAGUUUGAAUUUCUCUUAAGGAUUUUUUUCUCUUAAAACUGAAGUGGUAAUUAAUAUAAAUGCUGCCCGGUAUCCCUUACAUUGUUUUUAAAUUUGAGAUUCUUUUUUGAAAUGCUACAAUUUUUAAUUUUUCAGAAUAUUUUAAGUUUAACAAUAUGAAAUUAUAUAACUAAAUUAUAAAAUUGUAGGAUUUGUUCUAGAGUAAGGUAAGUUCAGAUUUGUAAACUUUGCUUACAAAAUGCCACAUAAAAUAUUUUUUUAAAAAAUGUGUUCGCAAUUUUUUUUUUUUGCACACUGUUUAACACACGGGAGGGAGAAGAUAGUUACAUUUGUGCCUAGUUCUUGUGCUUAUCAAAACAGUUACAUUAUCAAUAGUCAAAAAUCCAUUAAUAAUAAAUCUUUUGACUUCCACGAUUCUUAGACCAAACCAUGGGCUUCAGCAGGGAGGGAUGUCCCCCUCAAUAUUUCAGACAAAUAACGAAAAUUUUCAUGAAUAAUCAUCGAUUUAAACUCAUGAAAGAUACAAUCAAGAAAGAAAUUAAUCUUUUCGCAGAUUAGCAAAUUUUAGAAUUUUGCUUGUGAUGUGUCAAAUAUAGAGAACCAGUUCGAAUUUUAAUUUUGUCCCAAAAAUUAGGCACAUGUAACGCUUAUGGACCAAACUCAAUUCUCCUAAUUUUUUUCUUUCUUCAAAUUGAAGUGAUAGUUAAAAUAAAAAGCUCACAUUUAUUAAUUCGCCACCACUUUUUUUCCCGAUUGUUUUUAAGGCUUUAAAGGCACCUAAACAAUAAAGGCAGUUUCUUUAAUUAUACCUUUGUAAUAAGCGUGUAAUAAAAUCUGAAAGAAUAUUUCAAAAAUGCUCUUAACUAUUAUAAUGCUAUGAAAUUCUAUUUAUAUUCAUAUUUCUAUGAAGAACGUUGAACUCUGUCUCAUGUGUUGCAUAUGUCAUAUGUUGAAAGAGCAUUUCCUAUUACAUAGCAGAGUGUGAUUGUAAACGAAUAAAAACAAAAAACUGGAAAUAAUGUCGAAGACAAGCUGUGUGUUUGUGCUAUUUUGUAAUAAACACUUCCAAGCUUUCA